AUGUACAUAAAAGAAAUAAUAAUAGACGGUUUUAAAAGUUAUGCCACAAGAACAAUAAUAAAAGGUUUUGAUAUAUCUUUUAAUGCAAUUACAGGUUUUAAUGGUUCUGGAAAAUCAAAUAUUUUAGACGCUAUUUUGUUUGUUCUUGGUUUAAAUAAAGAAUGGGAAGUAUUAAGAGUGAAAAAGAUGUAAGAAUUAGUAUACAAAUAAGGUCAUGCAGGAAUUACUAAAGCUGAAGUAACAGUAACAUUUGAUAAUACUAAUAAGGAAUAAUCGCCUUUAGGUUAUGAAAAUUGUGAUUAAAUAUAAGUUACAAGACAGGUUUAAUAAGAAAAAAGUAAAUAUUUUGUAAAUGGAACUAAAGAAAAUUUAAACAAAGUAAAAAACAUGUUCCGAAGUGUUUAAUUAAAUAUUGACAAUCCUCAUUUUUUAGUUGCUUAAGGAAGAAUUACUAAAAUUAUUAAUUUAAAGCCUUUAGAAUUAAUAUCAAUGUUAGAAGAAACUGCUGGUACUGCUUUAUAUAAUGAAAAGAAAAGAGAAAGUGAGAAAAUAAUAAAAAAAAAGGAAGAAAAAGUUAAAGAAAUAAAUGAUUUAAUAGAAACUGAUAUUCAACCUAAAAUGAAAAAACUCAAAAAAGAACGAGAAGAAUAUUUAAUAUGGAAAAGUAGUGAAAUAGAAAUAAACCGUAUGGAAAGACAAUUAAAAGCCUAUGAAUAUUUUAACAAAAACCAACUCUUAAAAGACCGUUAAAUUGAAUUAGAAGAUCAUAAAAAAUUGCAAUUAAAUACUUAAAAAGAACUCAAAAACUCCACUUAAGAAUAUCAAGUUUGUUUAGAUGAACUUAAAAAAUAUGGAAGAUAAUAAGAUCAAGAAGGGGAUAAAAAAUUAAAAAAACUAGAAGAAAAAUGCAAAGAAUUAGAAGAAAAGAUUUCAGAAUGUGAAAAACAACGAGAAAUAACAAAAAAACACUAACAAUAAUCUAUUUAAGACUUAAAAAUAUUCCAAAAAAAGCAAAAAGAUUGUGAGGAUACUAUUUAAAAAAAUUAAAAAGAGCUCGAAUAUUAAACUAAAUAUUUGACUGAAAUAACAAAUGAAAUUCAAUAAAAAAAAGAUCAGUUAAAUGAGGCUAACUAAAUGCAAAAUCAAGACGGAUCCAAUUUAGAAGGUGUUAAGGAAUAAUUAGAUUAAUAAAUUAAAAUAGAAAGUAAUAAACUUAAAAGUAUUCAAAAUGAAAUAGCUAAGUUAGAUGCUUAGAUUAAAUAAAAAUAAAUAACACUCAAAAAUAAUAAAGAAACUCUUGAAUUUACACUAAAUGAAUAAAAUUAAUUAAAUAAAUAAAUUGAAAUAUUAGAAAGAGAAAUAAAACAUGUAGAAGAUGAAAUCGAUAAAAGUACUUUUAAUCCUAAUGUAUUAAGAGCAAGAGAAUAAGAAAGAAAUAAUUAUGAUUAAUAAAUUAUGCAUUUAUAACAUAAAAUAGAAGCAAUUAUUUAAAAUUAAGGAAAUUAUAUUUUCAAAUUAGAUUAUAGAGAUCCUGAACCAGGAUUUGAUAAAUCUAGAAUAAAGGGAAGAGUUUUUAGUUUAUUUUAGCCAAAAUCAUCUGAAUAUAUUGAAGCAUUAGAAGCCGGAGCAGGUGGAAAGCUUCAAUUUAUAAUUGUGCAAGAUGAAUAGACAUCCAAAAUAUUGUUAUAAAAAAGAAGUUUUAACUUUAACGUAAGAUUUAUACCCAACAAUAAGAUAGUAGGUGAAUUUAUAGAUAGAUAAAUAAUCGAAGAAUCUUAAAAAAUCGCCAAAGAAAUGGGCGGUUGGGCCGAACCAGCUUAUAACUUGAUUAAAUAUGAUGAAUCUAUGUAAAAAAGUAUGCUUUUUGUAUUCGGUAAUUUCAUGGUAUGUUCUAAUUAAGCGAUUGCUAAAGCAAUUUGUUUCAACAAAAACGUCAGAUUGAGAAUAAAAUGCGUAUCUUUAGAAGGAGAUAUAUUAGACCCUUCAGGUACUUUAUCAGGAGGUUACUAAGAUAGGGGAAAUUUAUUAUUGGAGAGGUAUUAUAAAUACUCUAAAGUUGUAGAUGAGAAGAAUGAAUUGGUAGCUUAGAGAGGAAAUUUAAUGGAAAAUAUAAAGAAAUUAAAAGAAUAAGAAAGUUAUUAUAAUGGAUUAAGUGAAAUUUAUUAAAACAGAUAAAAAUAUAUUCGGUGA